AUGACGACUUUGCCCUUCCUAGCAACGUCAGAAUCGAAUGCAGUUAACGGUACCGCCUUCAUUGAAGUUGAUCUGAAAUGGUUAAUGGUUGCUUCCGUGAUUCUGAGCUUCAUUGGAAAUUGCAUCAACAUCGUCGUGAUUCCCCAACUCCACGAGAUAUCGACGUCUAGCAGAGUCCUGUUCAUCAGCCGUUCCUCUUUUGAGUUGGUUGUUGCAAGCCUCUACGCGCCGAGCAUCCACCCCGCCUUCGUCGGGCAAUGGGUCUACAGCGAAUGGUCAUGUAAACUGGUCGGGUUUCUUCUGGUUUAUUCGUUCGGCAUGAUCGAAGUCAUUGUCGUUCUGACAACCGCUGAUCGUUUCUUCAUCAUAUACGAGCCCUUUUCUUACCCGUUGCGGGCAACGCGGUCAUUGACCAUCAUCACUGUCGUAGCGGCAAGCGUUUUCUUCUGUCUUUUUCAGAUUGUUCUCUACCAAACGGCUGGCGAUUCGUGGAACAUUAUUCGAUUCAGGGAAUACGGAGUGUGCAUGGUGGACUAUUCAGAACCUUACUUUGCUCCUUAUACUAUCGCCGCAAUGCUUUUCAUCUUGUGCUCGGCCGCCAUCAUUGUCUUCGUUUAUGUCAAAAUGACAUGCACCGUGCGAAAACACGUCAGGCAGAUUGGUAUUCAAAACCAGGUCAUCGGUCAACCGCAUCGAGCCAUGGAAGGCGCGGCGUUAAUUCGGUCAACCGCGGUCUCUUGCGUCACCGCCGGACUCUUCAUCAUCUCAUGGGUGCCAUAUUCAAUCUGCGAGGUAAUUACCGCGGUUAGCGGUCGACCGGUGUCGAAAUUCACUCUGACCGUUACCGCGCGGUUGACGUUGUGCAGCACGUGGUUCAAUGUGUUUAUUUAUUCUCUUCUAAACCGAGAAUUCAGGAGGAUUUUGAUGAAAGCCGUGAGGAAAGCGAAAGAUCGUGUGAUAGACCAAGUUUCAACAUCGUCUGUAGGACUGGCAGAGGUUUGA